CACCCCUCCCAAGGAGGUUCUUCAGUGCUGGUCUCGACAGAGUGCGAUGGACAGCAUCACGGAGCCUCAGUGAUUCCUCGCGCGGAUGCUUGACAAAGACCUGAGCUCAUUUUUUGUGGAGUAUUUGGCGUAAACACUUUUUUGUAUUUGCGACUCAAUAACACGGCAGGCGCUAUGGAAGAAGACAUGGACGAGGGGCAGACCCAGAAAGGGUGCCUGGAAUGCUGCAUCAAAUGCCUGGGAGGCAUCCCCUACCCCUCGCUGGUAGCCACCAUCUUGCUGUACGCCGGCGUGGCUCUCUUCUGCGGCUGCGGCCACGAGGCUUUGUCCGGCACCGUCACCAUCCUCCAGAACUACUUUGAGGUGGUGCGGAGCCCCGUGGACGCACUGGACGUCUUCACCAUGAUUGACAUCAUCAAGUACGUGAUCUACGGCAUCGCUUCGGCCUUCUUUGUCUACGGCAUCCUGCUCAUGGUGGAGGGCUUUUUUACCAGCGGCGCCAUCAAAGAUCUCUACGGAGACUUCAAGAUCACCACCUGUGGACGCUGUGUCAGCGCUUGGUUCAUCAUGCUGACCUACAUCUUCAUGCUGGCCUGGCUGGGAGUGACCGCUUUCACCUCCGUGCCCGUCUUCAUCUACUUCAACAUCUGGAAUAUUUGCCAAAACGCCACCGUGCUGGAAGGAACCACCCUCUGCCUGGACCCACGCCAGUAUGGCAUUGUGCCAAUUGCCAAGGCAAAGACGGUGUGUGCAGGACGAGAGGACUUCUACAAGAUGUGUGAAUCCAACGAGCUGAACAUGACGUUCCACCUGUUCAUCUGCGCCCUGGCUGGAGCAGGAGCUGCCGUCAUCGCUAUGAUCCACUACCUGAUGGUGCUGUCAGCCAACUGGGCUUAUGUGAAGGACGCGUGCAGGAUGCAGAAGUACGAGGACAUCAAGUCCAAGGAGGAGCAGGAGCUUCAUGACAUACACUCCACUCGCUCCAAGGAACGACUCAACGCUUACACAUAAAACAUUCGGUCUUUCUCUACAAGGGGGUGGGGGGGAUGUGUGUGUCUGUGUGUGUGUGGAGGGGGGCUCAAAACCACCUCUGAUGUCACAGGUGCAUCACCUGACAACGUGUUUCAGUCUGAUGACAUACAAAAGCCCCUUUUCCUCUCUUAUGGAUGCUGUUUGUUGUCAUCACGGCAGUCGUUGAAACAUAAACGAGUGCCCUGGGUACUGUAGUUUUUAGUGUAGUUUGUAGAUUGACAAGUAGCGGUGGUAUUUUCAUAUUUUUUACAUUGAAUGCUUUGCUUAUGAAACGUUUUGCUCUUCAACAUAAUUUAUUUUCGGUCGAUUUUCGAGAGGGGCUUUGAAAGGAUUCUCAAGCACAUGUUCCGUCUCAUGAUGUGUGAUAUCCGUGUACAGUACUGUAUGUGAAUGACUGGUUUAUUCGAAAAAUCAAAAAGUAAAAAAAAAAAAAAAAAAAGGGAUUAAAACCACUAAUCACAACACGGUAUUUGAAUCGACUUUAUAUUUUAAAGAUGAACAGAAACAAUGAAUAUUACAAACCCCGUUUCCAUAUGAGUUGGGAAAUUGUGUUGGAUGUAAAUAUAAACAGAAUACAAUGAUUUGCAAAUCCUUUUCAAGCCAUAUUCAGUUGAAUAUGCUACAAAGACAACAUAUUUCAUGUUCAAACUGAUAAACUUUUUUUUUUUUUUGCAAAUAAUCAAUUACUUUAGAAUUUGAUGCCAGCAACAUGUGACAAAGAAGUUGGGAAAGGUGGCAAUAAGUACUGAUAAAGUUGAGGAAUGCUAAUAAAACACUUAUUUCAGCAAGACAAUGCAAAGCAACAUUCAGCACGUGUUACAACAGCGUGGCUUUGUAAAAAAAGAGUGCGGGUACUUUCCUGGCUCGCCUGCAGCCCAGACCUGUCUCCCAUGGAAUAUGUGUGGUGCAUUAUGAAGCGUAAAAUAUGACAGCGGAGACCCUGGACUGUUGAACGACUGAAGCUCUACAUAAAACAAGAAUGGGAAAGAAUUCCAAUUUUAAAGCUUCAACAAUUAGUUUCCUCAGUUCCCAAACGUUUAUUGAGUGUUGUUAAAAGAAAAGGUGAUGUAACACAGUGGUGAACAUGCCCUUUCCCAACUACUUUGGCACGUGUUGCAGCCAUGAAAUUAUAAGUUAAUUCCAUCCAUCCAUCCAUUUUCUACCGCUUAUUCCCUUUCGGGGUCGCGGGGGGCGCUGGCGCCUAUCUCAGCUACAAUCGGGCGGAAGGCGGGGUACACCCUGGACAAGUCGCCACCUCAUCGCAGGGCCAACACAGAUAGACAGACAACAUUCACACACUAGGGCCAAUUUAGUGUUGCCAAUCAACCUAUCCCCAGGUGCAUGUUUUUGGAAGUGGGAGGAAGCCGGAGUACCCGGAGGGAACCCACGCAUUCACGGGGAGAACAUGCAAACUCCACACAGAAAGAUCCCAAGCCUGGAUUUGAACCCAGGACUGCAGGAACUUCGUAUUGUGAGGCAGACACACUAACCCCUCUGCCACCGUGAAGCCCAAGUUAAUUAUUAUUUGCAAAAAAAAAAUCAAGUUUAUGAGUUUGAACAUCAAAUAUCUUGUCUUUGUAGUGCAUUCAACUGAAAAUGGGUUGAAAAGGAUUUGCAAAUCAUUGUAUUCUGUUUAUAUUUACAUCUAACACAAUUUCCCAACUCAUAUGGAAACGGGGUUUGUAAAUCAUUUAAUAAAAACACGCACCUGUUAAACAGGACAAGUAUAUUUUGAUUGAUAUGAAACGUGGGAGCAAGUCAAAGUGGGUUAUUUUAUGCUAUAGUUGGGGACGUUUGUGGUAUUUUUGAAGUAAAUGAAGCACAUACUCUUCAACGUGGAACUUGGUAACGACACAUUUUUUUCCUGCUGACCCUGCACUGUACAUAAUGACACAUCAAAGCAUUCCUACACGUCGUUAAGCCCGGCGACUGAUUGAAGCCGCGAUGGGAAGGUGUCGUUGUUGUGUUGGUCAUUUAAACACCGAACAACACGAGAAAAAAACUCUGUGUUCACGCGCUUCAUCGACCGAGUCCCUGCUCUGGUUAGCGCCUCGGCAUUGGACUCCGAGUCAGAAAGGUGUACUAUUUGUAAAGACCGUGACUUUAGAUGUUUUCCGUGGCAUGGACAUGCAUUGAUAUCACUUGUUUUUGUUUUCAUUUGGAGACUUUUGCCUGUCUUGCUGGACCAGCCCUUUGUUUCAAUGUGCAGUAUAUACUAAAAUACUUACAAAGCCAUGCUACUUCUAUAGACACUGUAGUCCUUUAAGUUGUGUUGAGUUAGUUAGUGACGAGGAAAUGUCCUAAAAAGGUGAUACCUGUACCGACAUCGCUUACUCUGUACUUAUCCGCUCUCAGCUUUCUCCUUGUGUUGGUCUUUUGUACAUCCACUACCAAUGCUUAGUACCGAGGCGUUAAGAAGAUUUGUUUUGUACGUCCAUGUGCCAACAGCUUGAAGUGGCUUAUUUGACCUGUGUGAUCAAAUUUGCUUGCGUAAAUAAAAUUCACUUGUGUACUUGUUGAUUAA